UGUGUGUAUGGUAAUAAGCGGCUGCGGCGCUGUGCCCCACUCCGCCUCCCCGGGGCUGCGCCGCUGCUGCCAUCGACGCUAUGCGCCCAGCUCCGCCGCUGCCCCAGCUGCCCCGCCGCCGGGCUCCUAUAUAAGUGUUGGAGCGGGACCCAGGGGGCUCCUGAAGAUGAGGGCUCCGCCGCCUCCGUCCUCUCUGCAGAGCUCAGCGCAUCUGGCCGGCCGCCUGCCAGGGGAGAGCACAGCCCAGCGCCCCGCAGCAGCGGCAGGGGGCCGCGCAGGGCAGCGGCGCAGGGAGUAACUGCAUAGCGCUGGCGGCUCCCCUGCCCCCGCGGCCGCUGCCAUGAGUUGCUCCGACGUGGUGAUGCACCAUUCCCAGGCGGCGUGUGGGGCGCCCCAGUAUCUGCCAAGCCCGGUGGCGGCAGCCGCGUAUUGCCCCCUUCCUGCGCCCAGCCAGCAGAAGAAGUUAGCUGUUUACAACAAGAUGCAAGAGUCCCUGGAGGUGACCCUUCCCAGCAAACAAGAAGAGGAUGAGAAAGACCAGCCCACUGAGAUGGAAUACCUUAACUCUCGCUGUGUCCUUUUCACUUACUUCCAGGGAGACAUUGGGUCAGUAGUGGAUGAACACUUCUCAAGAGCUUUGAGCCAAGCCAGCAGCUUCAACCCAGAAACUGCCCUUUCAAAAAGCAAGCCAGGGCUAAGCCCUCUGUGGAGAGAGAGCUCAACAAUUUCAAGCCAACGGAGCAGUUUCCCAGCUUCAUUUUGGACCAGCUCUUAUCAACCUCCACCUCCGCCAUGCUUGAGUGGAGUUCAUCCUGACUUCCCGGUCACUGCACCAGGCACCUUCCCAACUGCAGAUCCUAGCAGCUGGCCAGGACACAGCCUUCAUCAGACUGCCCCACCUCCUCCCUCUACUGCAUCAGAAUCCUGGCAUUAUCCUUUAGCAUCUCAGGUUAGCCCUUCAUAUGCGCACAUGCAUGAUGUGUACAUGCAUCACCAUCACCCCCAUCCACACAUGCAUCAUCACCAUCCGAGCUCUCACCUUGACCCACGGUAUGGAUCCCUAUUAAUGCCAUCAGUACGUGCAGCCAGGAUUCCUGCUCCACAGUGUGACAUGACAAAGACAGAUCCUACUACUGUCACCAGUGCUACCUCAGCAUGGGCUGGAGCCUUUCACGGAACAGUGGACAUCGUGCCAAGCUUCGGGUUUGACACAGGUCUACAGCAUCAGGACAAGAGCAAGGAAUCUUCUUGGUUCUGAAGAUCAGAUGCAUCUUAGCACCAGCUAGUGUCCCCACAGCUGGGAUGAUGAUAUUGAAACUGUUGACUGUUUCUGCAUGGGGGCAGAGGACACACCGCUAAGGAGAAGAUGAAGAGCCAGUCAUUCUGGUUUUGCUGUUGAGCCUUUUCUUUGGCAGGCCACUUCUGGGUCCCAGAACAUAGAAGAAAAAAAACUUGUUUUUCUUUCUUUCCUCAUCUGAGCCUGCUGCAGCUGUGCAACCUAACUCCGUUUUGCUCCUUUAACAGUGUUUUGUUUUGUUCAUUCUGGUGGGUUUUUUUGUGCACAGCCUUGAUUGUAGGGAAAAGACUGUGCCUUGACUACAGUGCUCAUCCUUGCAGGAAUAGAGUUUUUGUAGCUCUUUGUGUGUCUAUUUUUGUAGAAAUACAGAAAGUUUGGGUAAGAAUUGGUGGACUAUUUUAGGAUGCCAUAUUUUUUUUAAAAAAAUUGUUAAAUUGUUAAGUUCUGUUUAAAGAACUUGCUCUCAGAGAAGCACUGGCAAAAAAUGUAUAAAAUGCUUAUUUUUAGAUGUUUGUAUUUGUGUGUUUGUUUUGUUACCUCAAUUGUCUUUUUUUAAAGAGCAAACCCUUUGCUAGUCCAAUCCUUCAUUGUUUCCGUUUUGCAAGAUUUUGCAUUUUUUGUCCUUUAUUCUAGCUUAAACAGCUAUAGUUUACUCUUAACAUUUCUACUAAAUAUUUUUCCUGCCUAAUUGUAGAAAUGGUGUCUAUAUUUUCUUUUUCUUGCUUCUGAAAAUGGCUUUGUGCUGUGCUGACUAUGAGAAGAAAUGUGUGAAACCUUUAGCAUGGGGCAAAGUCUGCCUUUAUUAUAGGAUCUAUAUUCUCAACCCAUUCAUUCUUUCAAAAUGGACCAAAUAUUUAUAUGGACUUAAAGGAGAAAAUGAGCCUGGGCCUGACCCAGUGUCCAUCGAAGUGAAUGGAAAGCCUCUCAUUGACAUCCAUGGACUCUGGAUCAGGCCCUCUUUCUGUGAUAACCAUCCACAAAUUGGUAUUUUCAUUUCUAAUAAUUUUGGGAGGCAGGAGUUUUAGUUUAGGCCAUUUGAAGAGUGAUUUUUUUUUUCACGUGAACAUUCAAGGAUAAAAUACAGGUUUUGUAAAAAGCUACAACUCAUGGAAACAACGUGUUUUCAUAAGGCCAGAUGUUGCAAUUUGCUGAAUAGCUUGUAUGAGUUGCUUGAGUGCCUUCAGCUCCUAUUGAAUUCAACUUGGGCUGAAGUUUUCAAAAGUUGGCCUCCGAUCUCUGGUCCCUCAUUGUUUGGUUGCCCAACCUGAGACAUGUUAGGGACUGAAUCUGAUCGCCUGCAGCUCCUAUGGACUUCAUGGGCAGUUGUGAAUUUUUAGCCUUGGGCUAUCCAUUUAAGAAUCCACUCUGAGAUAACUUUUUGAUAAUUUUAACCACAGAAGUUUGCAAGAGGAUUGCUGGAUUGGACCUGAUCCAGAAGCCCCUCCCCCUCCCACACGAGAUGUCCUUUGGAAGCCAGUGUGAGUAAGGACUAAUUCCAUGAAUAAGGGCUGUAGCAUUGCAUAUUAAAAAAAAAAAAAAAAAAAUCCUGCAAUUAGCUUGGUGAAGGUGGAGCUAUGCACAGAGCUCCCUUGCCUCCAUGGGGUUUUUAUAGGGUCAGGAGUCUGCCUGUGUAGUGCUAACUGCAGGAUGAGGGCUGAAGUUGGUAAUGUAGUAAUUGUUUGGAAAUGUUGCCUCUUUGCUCCAUUCAGUUUUUACCAUAUAUAUUUAAGCUUUCUCUCAUUUUUCAAAAUAUUCCUAUCAUGUAUUCUAUUUUUGCUACCACCCUUCCCAGCCAAAACAUAGAUUAUUUUUGUUCAUCUUUUGAAUGUGUGAUCAGUACUGAGAGAGAGGCUGACUUGUCUUCAGGGCAGUGAACAUCUUAAAUGUGGGGUUUACAAGUGCAGAGGACCCACAACUCCAAGUGAAGUGAAUGGGAGCUGUAUGUGCUCAACCUUCUGAAGUUCAGUUCUAUAUCUUGAUGAGAUAACCUUCCUCUAGGCUCUUAGGACCUGGUGCUCUGAGGUGCUGAGCAUUUUCCACUCCCAUGGAAGCUAGCUGGAAAUGGAGGCACUCAGAAUCUCAGAAUUAAGCCCUUAAUGCUCAAGCACACGUUUUGCUGAUUUGGGGCAUUAGGCCCAAUUUUUUAAUGGUAGUUAGGCAUUGCAGUGCCUAAAGAUCUGAGCCCCAAUUACAACAUCCUUAACUCCUUCCUACUAUCUCCCUUAAUCAUUAACAUUUUUUUCCUGAUACUGAACUUCACUCCCACUAUAUUCUCAUAGCAGUGCUGCUCUCCUGGGGGAGCUGGUUUCUUUGUUGCUCAAUGGGUUAGUUAGCAACGGGAAAACCUCAAGGAUAGGAAGCUAGCAUAAGCUUCUAAAAGUUUGGCUACUUAUAGGAAAAUUGUAGUUCAAGGAAUACUGCAAGAUCAGACUCCUUUGUGACAGUGCCAGAAAGUCCUGGGUUUGGCUUUGCUGGAAAUGGUGAAAAACAGUUUUUCGUAGAUUUGGCUAGGCCUGCAAGGGAAAGGUUCUAACCAAACCUUUUGAACUAAAAACAAACCAAAAAAAAAGUUCCUUUUUGAAUUUUGGUCAGUUCUUAUUGUAUCUGAAUUGGCUCACCUGUUUCUAGUAAUAGUGGCCAAUUGAUUGCUCUCUGCUUUGCAACAACAGAGCAUGGAAGGACCUGUUCCUGUUCCCAUUGAACUCCCAAUGACUAAAAAGACAGUAUGGCAAGGUCCAAAGUUUCUGUUCAAAUCUCAAUUAGUGUUGUUUUUAAAUGAGAUGUGAAUGAGUGAAGAUCCUAUCAUCUCCUGCUUCCACCAUAAGGGCUGUUCCCACUGGCUAAACCUGAGAAUAAGUCUAAAGUACUUCUGCCGCUCUGCAGGGUCAGGUAGACAGAGUGCCAAUAAAAACGCGCUACUGGUGUAACCGUUAAUGCAUCCAAUCAAUUGACUUAAAGGUUUAUUACAUUUUUCUCCCUGUUAAAUUUGAUUUCACUAGCAACUAAACUGACCUUUGCUAAGAAAUUAGCUGAAAAAAAAAAAUGAAACCAAAGCUGUAGUAAUGUGGUUGCUCGUAUAUUCUAAAACUUGAAGGACAGGAACAAAUCUUCCACAUGACAAACCUUUACAGUUGAAGUCAGCAGAUUUACUCCACCAAAAAAAAAAAAAAAAGAAAAGAAAAGAAAAAGGGCUUAUGAGAAGCAGAUGUUGGGUUGAUAUCCAUUCCUGAAGGAACAGAUUCUGUACUCGCAACAUUUCAGUUUGAGAGCACUGAUGGCAGUGAAAAUAAAAGGGAAAGGUUCUGACUGACUGCUUUUGGGGCAUAAGAGAAAAGGUCUGUAAAAACAGGGCUCAAUCAGUCCACAAGUCUUAAUACACUGCAAAAGGAAUCAUCUCCUUGCAUAUAUGCUAAAUUCUACUGCCCUCCCGGGAAAAUGGAAGAUUUAUUUUGUGAGGGCCUGUACUAACAUAAUAUACUUUAUUACUAUUUCCGUGAGGAGAUGCCGAAAUGAUUUUGAUUACAAACAAUCAAAUUUUUAUUAUAAAGUACUUAACUCUUUUUGUAGAGGCUUCUACCUACUGAGUUAUCUGGGGUAUGAUCCUACCCCCUGCGAAGUAAACUGGACCACUCUCACAGUAGGAACAGGACCUGUCAACCAGAUUGAACCAUUCCUGAGACUCUGUUUUGUCUAUUAGUUUUGAAGCAGAACUCCCCAAUAGUUUUAAUAAGGGCGUUUCCAGCUUAAAAACUGAUGGUACAAUAUGGCCCUUAGUUACACAGCAGCCACAGUUGUUGGAGAUUUUGAAUACAUUUCUCCUGGUAGGAGACCUACUUUUGUUCUGAUUCUUCAGAUUUUUCAGUACUAGAAACAUAAUUCUGCAAGGUAAUCAGAAAGAGAGAGAGGGUUUUAUAGCAUGGAAAUCUUCUUGGAUGUUGUCUCCCCCCGCUUUUUUUAAAAAAAAACAUAGUUUCUUCCUCAAAACAUGCUUUAUAAAGAACACUAUCUUUUCCCAUAUUUUUUGGAGUUGUUAUACAAGAUUUUUUCUCCCCUUCCCCUCCCCUCACUUCCUCUCGAAAUUAAUUGGAAUUGUAUGGUAAAUCCCAUCUGACUCUGAAUAUUUAGGCAUUUGCAUUUCAUUAUGUUCUCCAUGACCUCAGGGUUGUGUGAAUUUUUUUUGUCUGUACAAAAGGCUUUCAAAUGCUCUUGAUAAACCCUGGUUGGCUGUACCUACAAAUGUGACCAGGCAGUCAGCAGGUGUAUAUAAACAGAGGUGCAAUGUGUUUUCAUGUGGUGGACAAGUGAUAACUGCUGAUGAUGGAUCAUUCUGCUCACUUCAGGCACAAUUCUUUCUUCUUAGGCAUAGAGCAUUAAUUUACAUUUCUGUUAAACAGAUACUUUUUAUAAAGAUUUUAGAUUUUUUUAAAAUAUUCCAGCCUCUUGAGAUUUCUAAAGUGUGUUUGAACUAUUACUAUUAGAGGCUUUAAAGGAAAAAAAGUUCACUUGACAUAUAUGUCUUUUAAACUGAACUCCCAGGUCCAACAAAAAGGGAUUUUUUUGUUUUUUGUUUUUUAAGGAAACAUUGUCUUUUAGUAUUAGUCCUGUGGGCACCAUCUUGCAGUUGUGACUCAGGCAAAGCUCUCAUUGAAGUCAAUGGGCCUUUUGCCUGAGCAAGAUCAAACCCUUUAAUAGUGACAGGAGUGCCCAAGCUAGUUUUCUUACAAAGCUUGAUCCUGAUGUGCUCGGAGCAGAGAAGAGUACCUCUUGCAUGUCAUGCGGACGCUUGGGCAGCCCCUGCAUAGUACUGUACCCAAUCCCCUUUCUACACGGGCAAACAUGACCCAACAGGGGGACUAGCUAUUCCUGAAAUUCAGUGUUGCUGACCCCUUAAUCCACACGCUGAGGUUCUUGGCCUCCCCUGACUAGAAAAAAUGUUUCUUCUGUUAAGAGCGCUGAACCGAGCAGUCUGCAGUAGCUCUUCUGGGGGCUGCAUCUUGUAAGGUGCUUAGAGCCUCCUGUGAAGUGCUGAGUAUCCUCAGUUCCCAUUGCAGUUGGUUGGAGAGGAGGGGUGCUUAGAAUGUCAGAGCAGGCAUUCAGCAUUUGGCAGGCUCUGCCCCCUCAUGUCCACCACUGUGCAAGAUGGAGCCCUAGAAAGGGAAUAGCUAAAUAAAGGCCCCUGUUUUAUUUUUUUGAGCAGGGAUCCUAGAAACCCAUUUGCUGUGGAAAAAUGCAGAGUUUGUGUUUUUACACAGAUCUUUAGUUUUUAUAUUUUGUGGAAAAAAACCAACGUAUACAGUGGAACCUUAAUUGUUCGAUAUAAAUUAAUUGUCCGAGCUAAUAACCAAAAAUUCAGAUAAUUAGGAGAAUGGGUGGGGCUCAGGUCGUCAGCCCUGGGUGGUGGAGCUUGGGUUGUCAUCUUAAAAAUUGCAAAUAUAUCAAUAAAACAUUGUGUUCACCUGAUAUCUGUCUAUACUGUGGGUAGGAAAACUAAAGUUCAGUAUUUCAUUUUAAUUUCAGGAAAAUGAAGAUUUUUUAUGAUUUUUUUUUUUAAUUGGAGAAUUUUGGUUUAUAUUUAUCAUGGAAAACUAGGAUCCCUGCUCAUGAAAGACCUGAUCCAGCUUUCACUGAUGUCAAUGGAAAGACUUCAAUGACAGCUGUGUCAGCAGGACCAGCUUCUAAUGCCUGAUCUCCAUCCCACAGUGUUGGUGGGCACAGAAUGUUGACUUGGUGUCUGAUCCAUAGUCUGCUGAAGUCAGUGGGAGGCUUUUCAUUGAUUUCAGUGAGCUUUGGAUCAGGCCAUUAGUAUUUAUGCAACAGCAAUUUUUAUAGUAACUGAAGUUUACAUGCUUUAUUAGCAAAGUUGCAAAGCGUUGCUGAGCUGAAUGAAUCCCCUUUCCCUUCCAAGAUUUGUAGCUGUUGUUUAAAACCAUCAAUCAAAUCAGGUGCCUCUCCCCUCCCAUCCACUUUCAAUCCUUACUGCCCUCAAAACUCCAUUUAACUCUUUUGUGUCCCACAUCAAAAUUGAUGGGAGACAUGAUGUAAAGAAAAGUGUUGGGUUUUUUUCAUUGUUUAAUAAAUAACUUAAUGUGAAUUUUUUAUUGUUAUAUUUUUAUGUAGCAUUUUUGGUUUUGUCUGUAUUUCUUGACCAUUAGCUAAUGCUUUCAUGUUUUAUUCUUAUGCAACUAAAGAAUUCAUAAAUCUCUUUGUAAAUUACA